AUGUGGGUGUUUGCUUCCAUUGUACUGAUGGGCACAUGUUUUCUGUCGAACGGCCGAGGAUUUGAAGUCAGCUCGACUAGAAGCAAAAGACUCAGCUACCAAGACACAUCUGGUGUCCUCGACGAUUUCUUUCAGAAUGAGGGGUCGGGGGAACGAGGCCGUGGCAUCACAGAGGUCUUCACAUUCACCAGUAGUCAGUCUCUCUCAGAUGAUGUAGCAGAGAAUCCAGGUUCAUCACCACAGGGAGAAAAUGGCCAGGAGAUACCCUUCAAAAGUGAACCAGAUAAGGUUACAAUUAAGAUUGGGGGUCAAUCACAGACAGGAAAACCAGAUAGCGAGGUUAAGACCCAGGCCAGCAAAUCUGCGAUUACUGACAUCAGUAAAAAAGAAUUUCGAGACAGCCCAGAUACUCAGUCGAGAACUAACCCAGCCUUGAUAGAGAUUGGCAAGGAGCCUCGUUAUGGAGCCCGGAAGUCAUCAAACAGGGCUAAUCACCGAGGGUCGCUGGGUAAAAUGAAAGAAGAAAUGCAGAUACCAGCUGACGACGUGACCAGCGAUAGUGAAGUCUCUGAGGAUUACGAUGAUAACAUCGACAAUGACAACGAUGUAGACUCCAUCUACACACUGGCCCACUUCCGACACGAGUUGUACGCCUACGUGGACGAACAGGUGGCCGCUGCUAACCGAUCUAUGGUUGCAUUACAGGCACAUUUACAGCAAAAGAUUUCCCAACUAGAGAGCCGGCUGGUGGAGAACAUGGCAUAUAUAAGUCUCCUGGAAACAAAGAUUCGUGUGUCGGCCACGCCUCUGCCAGGUGACAUUCGACUUCUGUCCCGCGACAACUGUGGCAGAGUAUCUCGGGCUGGCUACCUGCUCUUUUAUACAGGUACUCAAUGGGGUUUCGUCUGUGACGACUUCUUCAACGCUGCCGCAAUCAAAGUUGCCUGCACCCAGCUCGGCUACCCUGGACCCCGAAGUGGCCUCAAGUCCGAACCUAGCACGUCUACCAGAGAUCAGGACAGGCAACUGAUGAGACGAUGGCAAGACAGCUACCAGAUUGUCAUGGACGACGUCCAGUGCACGGGAGAUGAGAGUGCUAUUGACUACUGUAGGCAUGAGGAACUUGGGAAACAUGACUGCUCCAUGGAUGAAGUAGUGUAUUUAUCAUGUUAA